AUGCUUCUCUCGCUUGUUACUGUCAUAUCCGUCUUCCAGCUGGCGAUCGCCACCAACCUCAACCCCCCGAUCCUCUAUUCCCGCCACGCCGCACAAGAAGGGUCUCUUGAGAAACGCGAAACCUGCGAAGAUGGCUCCCGGUGUCUGUUGGGAUCAUGCUGCGGCGACGGAUGCGCCUUGAACUGCUGCGCGUUGGACAACGGCGGCUGUAAGCCCUUCCCUUCCUUUCCCCCCCCCCCCCCCCCUUCCUCUCCACUACUGAGUAGACUAAUGAGUGACGGCCAUCUACAGUGGGCUGCGGAAUCACCGAACGGUGCCAGUUCCGCGGGAAUGUGUUUGUCGGGUGUUGUGGGAAUCUCCUGGGGUAGGGUCGUUUCGUUCCUUCUUUUCAAGCUGGUGCUGACGGCGCAGGGGCUGCACGGGCGAGGCGACGCAUGUCACGGUCCACACGCCCUACUCGACUGUGACGCUCGGGGCGCCGACGGAUGCGAGGACUACGCGUACGAGUACGAGGACGACUACGACGACGACGGAGCAGAUGUUUACUGCGAUUUCGGUGACGAAAAGCGCGACUGCGACUGCGACUGCCACUGCCACUGCCACUGCAACCGGGUCAAGAAGCACGACCACGAGGGAGACACAAGUGUAGCGGCCGAGACCACGUCUAGUACUAGCCACCGUAGUGCCGCGACCACGGCAGCAUUCUCGCCGAAUAACAACGGAGCCUCUGCUAUGGGAGUGGAAGCGCCCGUUCUGGCUGGGAUGGUUGCGUUGGGUGCGGUUUUGUUGUGA